AUGGAGCAAAAACAGUUGCUGACUGAAUUGGAGUACCCCAUUGGAGAAGUAGCCCCCUACAUGAGAAUUACGGCCGGAAAAAAUGUCGGGGGAAAGAAGAUUGAAGAGACUGAAGUGGGAGGGAAAAAGAAAACAACAAAAGAUAAAGGACUAAAGAAAGCUCUAAGGAUUUGGAAAACACUCAAACAAUUAAGGAAACAGACGAACGAUGGUGUAAGAGACCUUUUGGAAAAGAAAGUGCAAGAAUACAAGGACUUACGGCACCGAGAAGAAGAUGGGGAAAACCGAGAUAAUAAAGAGCUGGAGAAUAGGAUUAUUGUGUUGAUUUUGGCCAUUGUGUCCAUUUUGUUCAUUGUACUGUCUACAAUUGCAUUAUCACUCAACACUCUACCUGACCUUCAAGUAACUGAUGAAUUUGGACAGCCAAAUGACAAUCCCCAGCUAGCACAUGUAGAAGCCGUGUGUAUAGCUUGGUUUACCAUGGAGUACCUUUUGCGUUUCCUAUCAUCUCCAAACAAGUGGAAGUUCUUCAAAGGUCCACUAAAUGUAAUUGAUUUGCUGGCCAUUUUGCCAUAUUACGUUACUAUUUUCCUCACCGAAUCCAACAAAAGUGUGCUGCAGUUCCAAAAUGUUCGCCGUGUGGUUCAGAUAUUCCGCAUUAUGAGAAUACUAAGGAUCCUUAAACUUGCCAGACAUUCUACAGGCCUUCAAUCUUUAGGAUUUACUCUCAGGAGGAGUUACAAUGAAUUGGGUUUGUUGAUAUUAUUUUUAGCAAUGGGAAUUAUGAUAUUUUCCAGUCUUGUAUUUUUUGCUGAGAAGGAUGAAGAUGCUACAAAGUUUACAAGUAUUCCAGCAUCAUUUUGGUGGGCCACCAUCACUAUGACAACAGUAGGUUAUGGUGACAUUUAUCCUAAGACUUUACUUGGUAAAAUAGUUGGAGGGUUAUGCUGUAUUGCAGGAGUGCUAGUAAUAGCCCUGCCCAUUCCUAUCAUAGUAAAUAAUUUCUCAGAGUUCUACAAAGAACAAAAACGGCAGGAGAAAGCCAUUAAAAGAAGAGAGGCACUUGAACGGGCAAAAAGAAAUGGAAGCAUUAUCUCAAUGAAUCUAAAAGAUGCCUUUGCUCGCAGCAUGGAGCUGAUAGAUGUAGCUGUAGAUUCCAGCAAGACUGAGGAAGCAGCCAACCCAAAGCAAACCCCUGAUGAUAAUCACCUGUCUCCCAGCCGGUGGAAAUGGGCCAGGAAGACAAUAUCUGAAACAAGCUCUAAUAGGUCCCUGGAGAACAAAUACCAAGAAGUGAGCCAGAAAGAUUCCCAUGAAAAGCUAAACAACACUGCAGUAUCCUCCAGUCCCCAACACUUGAGUGCUCAAAAACUUGAAAUGUUAUACAAUGAAAUUACUAAAACUCAAUCUCAACCUAAUCUUAAUGCCAGUUACCAAAAUCCAGCAGCAAAACCUUCACUCUGUCAGGAAGAAAUAGAAAUGGAAGAGGUUACUGGACCAGAAGAACCACUGGCAUCAGGACCCAGACAUGUAAUAACUGACAUGAGAAGCAUCUCUAGCAUUGACAGCUUUGCCAGCUGUGCCACUGAUUUCACUGAGACAGACCGGUCUCCAUUCCCUCCUCACUCUGGUUCUAAUCUACAGCUCCGGUUCUCACUCCCAAGUGAGUCUAUCCAUUUAGAAGACCAAAGAGCAAAGAGUUCUCAGCUUUUAUUACUCUCCAGAGACAAAAUACUUUCCCCCGGAGACAUGACUUUUGAAUACCCCACUGAUACUGGUAUGAACACUGGUUCCCAACCUCUGCUUCAAGGUAAUUUUCACUUUGACAGUGCUAUGGACAGUCCAAAAAGUUCUUUAAAAGGAAGUAACCCAUUAAAAUCAAGGUCCCUUAAGGUUAAUUUUAAAGAAAACAGAGGCAGUGCACCACAAACACCACCCAGCACUGCAAGACCAUUGCCAGUGGCAGCAGCAGCAAGCCUUGCACAAUCUACUCCUCAACAUAUCAGCACCAUUCUUCUAGAAGAAAAUUCACCUCAAGGAGAGAGACCCUUGCUUGGUGCUGCUGAUGUGCCAGUUCUUUGCCAGGGAGCUUCCAAGACAUCAUCUCCUCUGUUUCCCAAACAAAAGCGUUUUACUUUCCCUUCCAAGGAGAGGAGAAGUUUCACUGAAAUAGACACUGGAGAAGACAAUGACUUCAUGGAGAUUCCUAGCAUAAGACAUGAAAAGCAGGAGGACAGCAAGACAAACUGCUUUGGAGAUAAACACAAAGAUGACAAUCAUUUAACAGAAGAGCCUCUGGUCAGCUCUUCAUCUCCCAAAAUCUUGGCUCACAACUGUACUCAAGACAUUUACCGUGGUGGGGGGGAAGUAAAAGCAGACAAUAGCCAAGAAGGACAUAAAAUGGAAAACCAUUUGUUUUCCCCAGAAAUCCAUACAAAUCCUGGAGAAACUGGUUACUGUCCCACACGGGAAACCAGCAUGUGACUAGGUACAAGAGCAAUAAUCACAAAAACUCAUUUCUUAUCAUCGCAAUUAGUAAUGCCUAUGAACUAAAACAUGGCAGAGUCUCAAAAGGACAUAAAAUUUUAUUUUUGCAUGGCAUGAAGUUGUUUAGUUUAAGUACUGUUUCAUUUAAAAGUGGGAAUCUACUUUUUGUAACAAACAA